AUGGAUGACCGACUACUUCAUCAGGUGGGAGGAUUUACUCUCACUGAAGAUGAAGACAUCACCAUUAAUAUUACUGACGAUGACCUUACAAAAGGCAUUAAAUGGUGCAAGAAAAGCCUUGUAGGAAAAUUGUUGAAAGAGACCGGCGUUAAUGUGGGGGGUCUGCGAGACACCCUUGGAAAAUUAUGGGUUUAUUCGUCUCUUAAAGUCCUGAAACUCUCAGAAAAUAUCUACCAAUUCUUAUUUCAAGAAGAGACAGUCUUACAACAGGUUCUUCUUACAGGGCCAUGGCAUUUCAACAAUCGCCUUCUUAUCCUAAUUCAAUGGCGCCCAAACCUAGUCAUUUCAGAUGAUCUAUUCAGAAUGGUGGACUUUUGGGUCCAUCCAUCCAACCUCCUUUUGGAAGGCAUAAACGAGUGUGUUAGCAGAAAGAUCGCUGCCUCUUUCCUCCAUACCUAUGCAGUGGAGAUCAGAGAGAAUGUGAAAGAUGGAGGACGGUUCUUACGGCUCCGGGUCACGGUGGAUUUCACAAGACCUCUGCGACGAGGUACCUCUGGAAGAUCAUCAAUCCCCUCCUUCUCAGCUUCUGAUCUUGAGUUGAGCUGCCCAGCCAUCAGCAGCUGCAAGAGCACUGGUGCACAGUCUUCAUCCUUUCAUGACGUCAGCCAUGACGAAGGUUCUCCUUUACCCUUUGUCUUUCAGCCAUCUACGUCGGUCUCUCCUGUCAUAUCAACCGUCCACUUACCACCCAAAGUUCUUUCACCUGAAUACGCUUCCUCGAGUCGUGAUCCAGUUUCUCCUUUGACGGUUCUUGACCGUGGAAAAUGGGCUAAUGUUGAGGCCCCGUUUCCAGUCGUGCCUCAGUGGGCUUCUCAACAGUUUAUAUUUGUAAACGAGUCGAAUUUGAAUCAAAUUCAAUUCAAAUUCCAUAAGACUGUGAUCCAAUCACAAAAUAUAAAAUUGCUCAUUGUAUAUAUCAUUACUUAUUAA